AUGGAAAAUGGCAUUAAAGUUAUUUAUUUUGUGUGCUUAAGUUAUAUAUCCUUAGUAUUUAAAGGGACAGGCGAGAAGCCGUACCGAUGUAACGUGGAAGGAUGUGAACGAGCCUUCGCCCAGUUAUCAAACCUACAACAUCAUCUACGUAACCAUGACGAUCAAGUUAAAAAGGCAGCAACCAAACAGUUUAAAUGCCUAAUUUGUCAUCGUUGUUACACGAAUGAAAGUAGCCUUAAAUCUCACACGUUAAAGAUGCACAUUCACAUCAAGCCUUUAGACCAGCAUCAAAUCCAGGACCUCGCGAACCGUCAACGAAAGCGUAAGCAGAAGAACCCAACAAUGUAUAAUUCUCCCACGAUGGUGCCCCUGCGUAACCGGGAGAACGGGAACCCGACAGAUUGUGUCAUUACGCGAGUGGAUCAUAAUUUAGAUUUACGUCACGCCAUGAGAGAGAGACAAUUGUCACAAAAUGCUCAACAAUUACGAGACAGCCUCUCUUUGGGUGAGAGAGCCUCCAAUGGUCAACUUCACAACAGCCUUUUUUCAAAUUCGGUCUCCGAUCAUCACCAUGACGAUAUCAACUCAUUAGAACGUCGAGCACAACGAGAAUUGCUGCUACAUGAGCCUUUGGCGUCUGCUUCACUUCAAAUGUUUUCAAAUCAAUCUAUUACCAGAAGACCGAGUUCGACGAUACCCACAUCUAUUGGAUCAAUCAGCGAUGGAUCCUUGGCGCAUCAGUCAUCAAGAGACUUGUAUUCUCCGUUACCGAGUCAUCACAUUGAUCAUCCAACGUCGCCUAGUCCGUAUCCAUCGUUAAACCUGAACGUCACCGGGAAUCCAUACCCUGCCCAUAUUAAUCAUAUCAACCGCCAUUUGUCCCCGUCGACCAUCACCCCAGCACAUCAACACUAUAGUGCUAAUUUUAAUAAUUCGGCCAUGAGGCUCUCGCAUCGUCUGCCACACAUGAUGGUUAAUCCCAUGGCAACGGAUCACAUGACAUUACCAACAGCUCCAUCUCGUUUAUUGGAUACGAUGCCUUUCUCUCCACUCGGAAAUUAA